UACCAAAAAGCGCUCAUUUUCUAUCGCCUCUUCUUCGCCUACCGUCAUUCGUCAAUUAACGCCACGUCACAGCUCGUCAUUUAUCAGAAAUCUUCUUCAUAUUCACCACUUCUUGCCUCACGCAAAAAGCUUUGGUUAACCUCCUUUCCUUAGCGGAAAAAAUAAGAAAAAAUAACUAAAAUUAUUAUACCCAUACAUACUAACAAAGAGUGUGCAUAAGUAUUCGUAUAUAUCAUAAUUUAGUGGCGCAAUCCUCUCGCUUCAUUAGCACUGACUUUAUUGUAAAUAAUUAAAGGCGCGUUGUCAUCAUCAAAAUCGCACUUUUCACUUCAUCAUUCCCCCGGCGGCAAUGUGGUACGGUUGUACGCAAUUUAUUGUUGUUGUUUUAAUGCAAAAAAGUACUGAAGAAUUUUAACAUAUUAAUCUGUUUUCUGCUUUAACAAAAUAUUCUUCUUUUAUUUACUUAUUCUCCCAUUAUAGGUCCAAUGCACAGAGUCCAACAACAGCAACUCCGUGAUGCGGCUAAAUAUCAAAUACAUUUAGAAGCACUGCGGCAAUCUCGACCGCUGCCACACAUUCCGGCCGGCACGACAAUGUUGCCUGACGCCGAUUUGCAAUGCCAAGAUGGCGUCUCGCUACACACACAAAGUCACAGCCAAGGUCACAAUUCCGCCACAUCCGGCUUCGAGUCGGCGCACCGCUGGACAUCCAAAGAGAAUCUGCUCGCACCCGGUCCCGAAGAGGACGAUCCACAGCUGUUCGUAGCUUUGUAUGAUUUUCAAGCCGGUGGGGAGAAUCAAUUGAGUCUGAAGAAAGGUGAACAGGUGCGUAUAUUGUCUUACAACAAAUCGGGCGAAUGGUGUGAAGCACACUCGGACUCCGGCAAUGUCGGUUGGGUGCCAUCGAACUACGUGACGCCGCUCAACUCGCUGGAGAAGCACUCUUGGUAUCAUGGUCCCAUAUCGCGCAAUGCCGCCGAAUACUUACUGAGCUCGGGCAUCAAUGGCAGCUUUUUAGUGCGCGAAAGUGAAAGUUCGCCGGGGCAGCGCAGCAUCAGUUUAAGAUACGAAGGUCGUGUGUACCAUUACCGCAUUUCCGAGGACCCGGAUGGUAAAGUUUUUGUAACAGCGGAAGCCAAAUUUAAUACACUCGCCGAACUUGUGCAUCAUCAUAGUGUACAACACGAAGGGCACGGGUUGAUUACGCCAUUACUAUACCCAGCGCCCAAACAAAAUAAACCGACCGUUUUCCCACUCAGUCCCGAACCGGACGAGUGGGAAAUCUGCCGUACGGACAUUGUGAUGAAGCAUAAGUUGGGCGGCGGCCAGUACGGUGAGGUGUACGAGGCCGUUUGGAAGCGUUACGGCAACACAGUGGCCGUGAAGACGCUAAAGGAGGACACAAUGGCACUCAAGGACUUUCUCGAAGAGGCGGCUAUAAUGAAAGAAAUGAAGCAUCCAAACCUUGUGCAACUAAUUGGUGUUUGCACGCGUGAACCGCCCUUCUACAUCAUUACCGAAUUCAUGUCGCAUGGCAACCUUUUGGAUUUCCUGCGUUCGCCUGCCCGCGAAACACUUGACGCUGUGGCACUGCUUUAUAUGGCCACACAGAUUGCCUCCGGUAUGAGUUAUUUGGAGUCGCGCAAUUACAUUCAUCGCGAUUUGGCCGCACGCAACUGUCUAGUGGGCGAUAACAAACUCGUGAAAGUGGCCGAUUUCGGCUUGGCGCGGCUUAUGCGCGAUGACACGUACACAGCGCAUGCUGGCGCCAAAUUUCCCAUCAAGUGGACCGCCCCAGAGGGUUUGGCGUACAAUAAGUUCAGCACGAAGUCGGAUGUUUGGGCAUUCGGCGUUUUGUUGUGGGAGAUCGCCACAUAUGGCGCUUCACCGUAUCCCAAUAUUGAUCUCACCGAUGUAUUUCAUAAGCUUGAGAAGGGCUAUCGCAUGGAGAGGCCGCCGGGUUGCCCACCGGAAGUGUACGAUUUGAUGCGUCAGUGUUGGCAUUGGAAUGCGGCGGAUCGGCCGACAUUCAAGAGUAUACAUCAUGCAUUGGAGCAUAUGUUUCAGGAAUCAUCGAUUACCGAGGCGGUCGCAAAACAAUUGAAUGCCACAACGAUGACGCAGAGUCUAACGCCGCAAAUGGGCAAAAAGGGCAUACCAGCGAGUGGCGGCGGCGGCGGUGGUGGUGGCAGCAGCAGUGGCGGCGGUUUAACACCGAGCGGCGGCCUACUGGAACAACCCGUCGGAACGCCAAUGUCGGAAACCGGCUCAACUUCCACCAAAUUAAGUACAUUCUCCAGCCAAGGUAAAGGCAAUGUGCAAAUGCGCCGCACCACCAACAAACAGGGCAAGCAGGCUCCCGCGCCACCGAAACGUACGAGUUUACUUUCGACCAGCCGUGAUUCUACUUAUCGUGAGGACGACUCACGUAAUCUCAUAGAUGAACACAACACAAAUGGUAGUAGCAUCUUUUUCAACCUACAGCAACAACUACAAAAACAGCUGCAAAAGCAAACUCCAAUACAACCACAACCAUAUAAUGUUGUAUCAACCACAACCACAACCCCAAACAAUAACACUAAUAAUAAACGUUGCAAAACGAAUUCUUAUACUUUGUGUACUACACCACCUCCUCCCCAAUAUUCUAUAAAGAAAUCAUCCUCUUGCAGUAGUUUCCUAAUCGAUAUACUUUUUCGAGGUAUUUCACACCUGAGUCUCACACGCGAUAUUAAUAGUCUGACACAACGUUAUGAUUCCGAAAAUGACAAUACAACAGGUGAUCCCGACACUGAUGCAACCGGUGAUAGCUUGGAAUGUCAAAAUAUACCCACCAGCCAAAGUAAGGUGCAGCACUCGCUCCACAGCGGCGGCAUCGGUCCACGCUCGGCUCAACAGCAUAGCUCAUUCAAGCGACCAACGCCCGUCAUGGGCAAUCGCGGUCUCGAAACACGUCAAAGCAAACGAUCUCAACAUCAACAACAACAUCAUGCGCCACGGGACAAUAGCGCAGGCGGUUGUACGUCACAUCACGUGACCGUCGGUGCAUUGGAGGUGAAUAAUGUGAAGUGCGUAGUCAAUCGCUAUGGCACUUUGCCGAAAGUGCAACGUAUCGGCGCAUAUCUGAAUAGUCUGGAGGAUCCGCAUACGCUACCACAGCACAGCAUCGCCACUCACCUGUCAACAGUGGCGCCGGUUGCCACUACAAAUGGUCAUGGCGGGCAUACAGCAGCCAUACGUCAACAACUACCACCGGCUCACGUGAUGCCGUUGCCGCCACCAAUGAAGUCCGUCGCGAAUGUCACACCCACUGGGAAUUGUGGCAAUAUACCGACGCCACCACAGCAAAUGAUACGUAGCAAUUCGUCGAGUGGUGUCACCAUGCAGAACAGCGCUUCAGCGAGUUUGAAUAAACUACAGCGUCAUCGUACAGCUGCUGAUGGCACCAUGAUGACGUUUUCCUCAUUUCGUGGUACAUCCUCCAGCAAUUCACCCAAACGCAGUCAACAGCCGGCGUUAGCUAAUUUGGAAUUUCCACCACCGCCAUUGGAUUUGCCACCACCACCAGAAGAGUUCGAGACACCACCGCCGCCACCACCACCCGCACCAGCAGCCGAGGUGUUGGAAGAACUACAAUCGGCAAGUAUAACCUCAACACAAUACCCUUUACCGAAUAGCAGUAGUAAUGAUGUCUCGAACACUGCACCCAGUGUUGAGGAAGCAAGCACACGAUUCGGUGUGUCCUUGCGUAAACGUGAGCCAUCGACAGACUCAUGCAGUUCGCUGGGGUCGCCACCGGAGGUUUCAAAUGCCAAUACAAAUGCCGGUGGUAAUGUUCAGGAGUUCAAUAUGAAGGAGAAAUUGAUGGCGGAAAUCAAGGACCGUUCCAAAGAGAAUUCCGCCAACAAUGCAAAUUUACAAAACGGCAGCACCAUACCAGCAGGCAGUGGCGUGGACCCCGUGUCUCUGCUGUUCACAGAGUUGGCCGAAAUGAAUUUGACAAAGCAAAAGACCACACCACCGCAACCACCAAAAGCUCAAAGUGGUGGCAGUAACGGUGAUUCAGGCGGUUCGCAAACACAAUCUCAAGAGAAUGGCAAUACAAACUCUUUUAAGGCACAACUAAAGAAAGUUGAACCAAAAAAAUUACCAACACCCACACAAAAGACCGAAAAUCAAACGACGAUCAUUGACUUUAAGGCGCAUUUGCGAAAAGUUGAAAAAGACCCGAAAGAUAAAAAAGACGCAGCCACAGAUGAGGCGCAUAAAAAUGUACUACAAAAGGCACAAACUGUGAUCUCUACGGGCACGCUGGGCCGCAAGGGGGACAAGAAAUUCACCACACCGAUGACAAUGGCGCCAACGAUGGGCACGUUAACAACACAACAAAAGACUGAAAAUGCAAAACAUGACAUGACCAAUAGCAAUAAUGGCAAUACCAUUAACCCUGCCAAUACCAACACUAACUCAACUACAAAUACCAAUGGUAAUACUCAACAUAACGCAAAUGCAAAUUCCAAUUUAAAUUGCAACAACACGCCAAACACCACAGAGCCGGUAGAUGCGCCAGUGAUCACAAACGAUGGCGAUGCUGGCAAACGUCGUAGCACAGGUAGUAUACAUAGUUUGAAGAAAUUAUGGGAGCAACCGGGCAGUGGUGCCGAUUAUGCAAGCACCCAAUCACAGGCGAACUGCUCAACAAAUAGUAGCAGCACCGGCACGAAUUCCAACACAACCAACAGCACUAGCACCUCGAGCACCAAUCAACUUUCGCCAAAAUUCAGUUUGAAGCCAAUCUCGAAUGCUGCAACCACGCCCACAACCAAUUCAAAUCGUUUUCCACCACUUAGCACCCAAAUCUCACCACGUACCAAUGCCAUGAAUGCCACCAAUUCCAUGGCCAAUAAGCCGCCACCAGCUGCACCACCACCACCGCCCCCUACUACCAACAACAGCACAAAUAAUCAAACUCAGAAUCACAAUCAAAAUUCCAUUUUCAACAAUUCCCAUUGCACGAAACCCCAACUAACAACCUCUCUCUCAACUCAACUAUUCACAGAUGGUAAUCAUCAGUAUGGUGAACAAGGUACUUCAAACACCAAUAAUUCCACCGCUAACACAUCAACCGGAAAUAACACAACGACUAACAACGAAAUCGCUGCAAUGAGCCAAUCACUUUUUGUAGAGCACAGCAGUGCUGCAAACACCGGCGGCAACCUAAUGCAGCCAAACAAUAAACUCACCACAUCGACUAUCACUACAAAUGCGGCUGCCACUGCUGCGAAUAACACAACAAACAACAAACCCGCCGUACCACUGAAGCCCACCAAAUUGACCAUCUACGCCACACCCAUCUCACAGAAGAUCGCCGCCAGCGCAUUGGAUAGCACCACAAACACACCACUCGGCAGCGCACUACAAAGUUCAACACAAAUCACACGCGAAAGCAUACUAGAGCUCGUCGGGCUGCUCGAGACAUCACUGCAUCAGCACCCCGUCAACUCGAUCUCUGCCUCACAGUGGCUACAACUAAGCGACAAGCUCAACAUACUGCAAAAUAAUUGUGUAGUCUUCGCCGACAACGAAACAAUGCCGCCACAUUCGAAAUUCCAUUUUCGCGAAUUGGUGACACGAGUCGAAACGCAAUCGCAGAGUCUGCGCACUGCCGGCAGUAAAAAUGUACAAGACAACGAGCGUCUGGUCAGCGAGGUGGGUCAAUCGUUGAAGCAGCUAACAAACGCCUUACAUAGGUAAAUAUUAUUAAAGCGGGAAACACGGUCGGGGGUGAACAGCGCUUACAGUUGCACUGUUGGCGACGGGGAAACGCAGGAGUUGCCACCACCAUGGCGCAGUUGGCUGGACGCCGAGGGAAAUUUCAUUAAACGCAAAUGAAAGUAAUAGCCGCAACAAUUGUGGGUUGCGCGUGGUAGUCUGUCGUGUGAAGAAUGUUCAGAAAUUCAAGGCUUUAGUUUCCUGCUUGAGUGAAUGUGUUAUAGGCAUAUCAUGUGUGUGACGAAACUGUGGAAUUUGAAUAUGCGUGUUAAAUUCAUAGAUUUGUUGUUAUAGAACAAAGGACGAUUCUGAUCAUGCCACAAACAAAAAGAAAAAUGAUAUUUUCAUUUAAUUUUAAAGUGUUGAUCAACUUAACCUAAAACACACACCACAGAUACAUACAUAAGCGAAGAAGUAUAUUUUUAUGCAGCAGUACUAGACAUUCAUUAUUAACCAAAACAAUUAUGACUACUUAACUUCGGACGAAGUACAGGGUUCUAAAUCCUAACAUAUUUAUGCGUAUAAUUAAUUUAAUUUUGUCAUACAAAAUACCGUUGUAAACUGCUUACAGCUUACUGUUCAUGCGUAAACCCUGUAUAUAUUAAAGUGAAAAUACAAAAUCUAGUCAUACAUGAAGAAUCCAAUUUAAAUUGCUGUUAGUUGUAGGCUUACCCUAAAAUGAAAUCAAGACAUUUUAAACUACUUGUACUAGUUACUAGCAAUAUAACCGUUAUGGAAGCAAGCAAGCAUUGCAAGUAUGGCAAAUUGAUAAGACUUGCAUGAAGUACUCAUUUAUUAAGACUUAUUUGGUAGGUAUUCCUCUAACAACAUGAUUAUUAUAUUUUAAUUCCAUAUAUUAUAUAUUACAUAUAUAUUUAAUAAAAAACUGUUUCCAUAUUUUAGAAAUUUACAUGUAUAUUUUAGGUAUUUAUAACUAGCACUGUAUAAAGUUAUUGAAAGCGAUUGCAAUUAUGUAAAAAUAUAUGCAGACUUUUGUGUCAUUUUUAGCACUAUAACAGUGUUUUUAACUGCUCCUACAAAAAUAUGGUUGCCAGAAAAGCAUAUGGCAAAAAAGAAAAUUGGAAAAUUGUAUAAGGGCCUUUGCAUAACAAUUUAAUCACAUUCAAGUGCCAAAUUUAAUUUAAAAGCAAGCUAAAAACAUGCUUUAGUAUUGAUGAUGGCAUAUAUUGAUGCUGUGAAUUUUUCGAUUGUUAUAUCAACUUCAUUGGAUGAUUGCAAAUGCAUGCCUUUCGUCAUAAAAAUUGCUCAGACAUAUUAUGUUGCCACAUUUUCAAGUUAUCACGAAAACGUUUAGUAGCUUUUCGACUUUCGCUCUAAUACUUCCAGAAUUUUCGUUAAUUAAAAUAUAAACUUUCGUUGCUCUGUGAUACAUUUAAGCAUUUUGGCGCAAUAUCCAACUAAUAUUCUAAUGUUUGGAUUAACCAAUUUUUUUUAUUUUUAUUUUUUUAAAGGAAGUGUUUUAGAAUUUUUACUACUUUUUUCUAUAAUGAAAGAUUUUACAUUGCAGUUCAAUGAUGUUUAGUAAAUUAUUGGAGAACAAGCUAUUUUGAAGCAUUUUUAGCAUAUUCUUGUACAUUUUAGUUGUCUAGCACUUAUGCUCUGCUCUUUUACUGAGAAAUUUAUUAGAGACAUACAAACUUUUUAAUUAAAAAAUAAAACUGAAAACUUCUAUUGAGAGCAAUAAUUUAAUUAAAAUUGUAAAAUACUAAAAAAAAAAACAAAAAUCGGUCAAAUGUUGUUCUUAGUUUUCAACCUUACAAUAGUAAUUAUUUUCAAGUCAAUAGAUGAUAUUUUUAAAAAUGAAUAUUUUUUUAGCUAAUACCAUAAAUUAUUAAUAAAUACAAAUUUAAUAUUUAAGCCUCUUACAAAUUUCCAAAACUAUAUCACCACUUUUAUAUUCCUCUGACUAUUUAAAGUAAUUCUAGUUCAAAGAGAAAGCGGCUUAAAAAUGUUUUUUUUUUGCUCUAACAAAAUUUUUACUCUUUAAAAAAUAUUUACUCUCGGUAAUUUAUUUUAAAUAAAAUUGUAUCAUUGUCUGCUAACCAAACACGCCAAAAUUUUUAGUUAUCCCUUAGAAGUUGCUAAGGUUCUAUAAUAAACCGACAAGGCAUUUUAAUUAAGUUUGGCAUAAUUGUUUUGCCACUCUUUUAUCCGCAAAAAACGAUAUACAUUAUAUAAAAAUAUGAGGCCUAGAAACCUCGUACGAAGUUGAAACAAAUUUCCUGUUAUAAAUAUAUUACGAAGUUUGUCGCGAACUGCCGAUUUCUAUAAAGCAAUUCUUGUUGUUGUUAAGCUCGUUUUUGCAGCAGACGGGAUAUGUAUUCACGACCCACGGUUAAAUCAUGAUCGGCAUUUAAAAAGACAACUGGAGAACAUACUUUGCUUUAAAGAAUUGUUACAAGGCAUAAUAAAAUCUAGCCUUAUUGUUUCUCAUAAAGGUGAUAAGUUGAUGUCUUGUAAAAAUAUUAUUUUUUAUUUUAUUUCACUUACGCCAAUUAUUUCAAAUAAAUUUUUGCUAUUUUUUAGACAUUUUCUGCGAGCAAAUUGAUAAAAAAUUAAAAAGAAAAACCCAAAGAUAUUUAUAAAUAGUUCUAUAUAAGCGCAUUAUGCAUAUGUGUGCGUACCGUAUUUAAAACAUUAAGCUUGAGACGAAUAUAGUCAGUUGUAGCACGGAGUCAAGUACGCUUAGUUGAAGUUUCACAUUUGUUAGAUUAUACUCUCUUACUGUAGGGAAGCAUACGAUGACAAUGUAGAAUUAGAGAAUGAACGUCUUUAAAUAUAGAAAACUACUGAAAUGUUCAGCUAUAAAUACGCUGCGUUUAUAUUCAUUACCUUGCGCGCCAUUCUCGGUUUUACAUAAAUAUAUUUUUCUACAUUUAUAAAAGAAUAAACGAAAUGGAGAAAAUCAA